AUGGGUCUUAAUAUAAGUGGAUCUCUUGAUCGUGCUCGACAUCCUGAACGUUAUCCAGAAAAAGCAAAAGGACCUACAUUUGAUCCGAUGUAUGGUUUUCCUGAUGGUCGAAAACCGAAAGCUGCACCAUACACUCAAGAAGAAAUGCAACUUCUGAAUAUUCCUCUUGACAAACGUGAUUAUUGUGCUCAUUAUUUUCGUGCUGUUAUGAUAUGUACACAACAGUAUUGGCCAUCACAAUAUGGAUAUUGUGAACCUGAACGACAUGCAUGGGAACAAUGUGAAAUAAAAAAUAAAAUUGACGAUGCGAAAGAGUAUGAACGAGAAUUACGUUUACGUCGACGACGAUUACGUAAAGAAGAAAAAGCCCAACAAACCUCAACACAUAAUGAUGAAAUUGCUAGCAAUGAAGAAUAG